GCGCGGAGUGCGGCUGGCUGGUGGUCAGGUGGCCGUUCAUGCACCCCUCGCUGCUCUUCCCCGCCGGCCACGGCGGCGCCGAGGGUUGGACGCCUGGCCCCUUUGCCCUGCGGAGCUCGCUCGAGGACUUCCCGCUCCCCGACCGGCUCCAGGCGCGGGCCGCGCUUCGCUCGGAGGAGGGCGGCACGGUCACGUCCUGGUCGGAGUGGCAGGAGGCGAGGUGCUACCACUUCGUCCGCCGCUCGCGGCAAGCCGAACAAAUAUCCCAGCGGAGCACCCUGAGCCUGCUCAGUGGCCGCUUGGCCACCGAGGGCGAGAGCCAAGCGUCUGGCACGGAGCCCGGCGAGGACCCGCUGGGGGUUUUCGGCGACGAUUGGGGGCUCUGCGUUGCAGGGGUGCACCCGCCGGAGGGGGACCACCGAGCCCGACUCCCCGGCCUGGUCCAGCUGCGCUGGGUGUCAGGCGAGCUCGAGGGGGCCGCCUCGCCCGCGUCGGAGGUGCUCUGCACGCACGUCGAUGCCCCCGUGGGGCCGGUGCAGGUGGAGCACAUUGUGGUCAACUGCACCUCCAGCAGCAAGCGGGGGCGGAAUGUGCAGGACAAGUCCGACGAGGAGGACGAGGACGAGCAGGAGGUCAUCGUGCAUGAGCUGAGGCACGUCGCGCGGCUGUCGUGGAGGAUGGAGUGUGCGGCGCCGUCGUUCGGUUUCGUGAAGAGCUUCCGCGUGAAGUACAAGGAUGCACCGCCUGGACACACAGUCGAGGGUGCGACCUGGCAGGAAAUGCAGCUCCUCCAGCUCUUGGACGCGGAGGACUGCCAAGGCGGCCCGACAGACGGGACCGCCACCUUCAAGUUUGACCUGACCGGCUUGCCUCUCCUGCGGUACCACACCUACGUGUUCAGCGUCCAGGUCCACAGCCCGGAGCACGCGUCGGCGUGGUCCCAGACGUCCGAGCCGUUGGAGUUGAUUCUGCCCUCUUUUGGCUCCGACGACGGGCCGGAGGCGGGCUUGGAAGACCCGCGCCAGGGCCCAUCGACGGCCGUGGCGCUCUGCAUCAAGGUCGCUGGCGUGGGGUACGACGGCCUGGCCGCAGACGAGAGCCUGCGGCGCCGCUUCGAGGGCGUGGUGAGGAGAGCGGUCGCGGAGGAAGCGGGCGAGGGCGUCCAGGCCGAGGACGUCACGCUCGAGCUGUCCCGGGGGUCCGUGGUCUGCGCCGUGACGGUCGCGGUCCCCGAGGGAGCCAGCGCGGCGGCAGUGCAGUCGAACCUGCGCGCCUUUACCACGCUGAACGAUCGAAUUCUCCGUGGGCUUCAGGCCGUGGAAGGGAUGGAGCAGGUCUCGAGCGACAGCGUGGACGUCGUCGUCGUCGCCGGCCCCGAGCUCGCGCCAGCCGGCGGGGAGGCGAGCGCAGAGGAGGCGGCCGCGGGCACCCGCGGGCAGAGGCAGGGGCCCCUGGAGGCGGCCGUGAACUGCGCAGACCACAGCGACACCUCCGAGUGGCAUGUGGAGCUCAGCUGGGCGGCGCACAAGAUGGCUGGCGGUGAGGCGUUCCCCUCCCUGAGCACACUCCCCGUGGAGUUCCAGGUGUCCUACGUGAUCCUGUCGGAGCGCCCCUGCACGGGCGACGGGACCGACGCGGGCGCCCUGGGCUGCCAGGAGAAGACGACGCGCUUCGCCGGCCACGCCUGCUCCUUGAAGGACAGCUCGGUCGCAGCCGAGCGCAAGCGCUCCGCGGUCUGCCUGGAAGGCUGGAUCGAGCCGCGAGAACGGCGUGUGGUGCGGAUCUUGCCGAGACACAGGCUGCCGCACAUCCGGUGCGACGUGCGCGUGUUCGUGGCCUGCCGGUGCCCGGUGAUCACAGGGCCGCGGUGGUCGGAGGCGAUCUACUCGGUGGAUGUGCUGCUGCCGCGGCUAUCGCUGCUGCCCCUGCCUGUGCCCCAGCAGCUUGGCCUCGCGAUGGACGUGGGCAGUUCCAUGGAUGACAGCGCGGACCAACUCUCGUGCAUUCUCCGGGUGCCAGACAUUGCCGUGGACAUCGCAGUGGUCAGUGCCGAUGAGCCUCCAGCGGAACGAAAUCUCAUGUCCAUCCCAAACUCUGAUGGUUCUGUCGAGUCGGAUCCAGAGGCCCAUUACGUGUUGCAGUACCGACUCAAGUCUUCGUCGUUGUCCUACUUCGGCGCCUCUUCCGUGCCCCAUAUGGAGGAGCACGAGUGGCGGACUGUGCCAGAGGCGAAGAUCCUCUCCGGCAAGGGCGAGGGCCGCAUGUACUUGGUCGCAGGUCUCCAGGAAGGCCUGAAGGACAUCGCGCAGUCGAUGCAGGACAAGGCCAUCUGGGCCACGUACCGCGUCGCGUCCCUUCGCACGAGCCACUUCGGCUACGCCUCCGCGCCCACCCUCGUGUCUCUGCUGCCGCACCCAUCGAAACCAGAGGUGCAGAUCGAGUGGAUCGACGCCCCCUGCCUCGACGGCGCGCGCGUGCGAGUGUUCGCGAGCUGCAUCGCCAGCAGCCAGGCGUACCAGCUCAGGUUCCGCAGGGCCGACGUGGACCCUCGCGACAGGGGGGCCUGGACCGUAUGCGAGGUGGGCGUGGUCAACUCGUCGACGAAGACCAGCGACGGCGGGUUUCUGCGAGUGGAGGCCUAUGCGCCCAUUCACGACCUGUGCUACCACACGGCCUACUGCUUCAGCAUCCGCAUCGCCACUAGUGCGACCUUCUCCACAUGGUCAGAGGACUCUGAUCCUGCCAUGUUGUCGCUGGAACACCACGGCGUCCGUGAGGGCGAGGGCGGGCUCGUGGUGAGGCUGCUCGGACAAGACGAGCGGCACAACUACCGCUGCCCAGUAGCCGACAUCUCGUGGCCCCCUCUCGCCUUCCCGCAGGGCAUCUGGGGCCCCAAGAGCAUAAGCCCUUCGCUAUCGGUCACGGUUGAGUACCGGCUUCGUUGCCGAUGGCACGUCAGCGCCCAUAAUGACCGUGCGGCGUUGCGCGCUGCUUUGGAGGAGCUCACUAGGGAGUUCCGCUCAGCUGGCAGUGCAGACAACGGUGCCCCGAUCAUUGUACCCGACCCAGAUGUCGGGGUCGUGGACCGGGCGCGGCGCGGGUACAAGGAGGAUUGCACCAAGCGUUCUGACCCGCACCACGCCUUCACGCCGUGGCAGACGGUUGCCGUGGUCCUCGAGAAGGCCUCGGACAAGGCUAUCGGUGGCAGACGCUGCUCAUGUGCAAUGGCCUGCCUUCUGCAGGGCUGCACGUACCAGGUGGCACUGGACUGGCGCUGGAAGCGCCACGGGGACCCCUUUUGGAUGCAGGCGUACGAGCCCCUCGAGUUCGCCACCCUGCUGCCGACGCCGCCGUCCGCGCCCCCGCGGCCACUGCCGGUCCCGCCGGAGGUGUGGGACAAGAUCCCCGAACUCGCGCAGCUGGGUGCCACGCCCUUCGCGCUCUUCCAGUGGCCUUUCCAGCGCAGGCCGGCCUCGGCAGUCUCGCUGGUGCCCGUGGGGCAGAAGCGCGACCCGCUGCACCUGGAGGCGCUCACGUACGGCAGCUACGCCGUGCAGUGCCGCAGGGGCCAGAGCGCCGAGUGGCUGACUUGCAGGUCGCUCUUCCUGUCUUUGCACGGUAAGCCGGUGUGCCUCGUGCCCGCGCUGCCAGCGCAGGAGGAGUUCGACGAGGCCAGGAACGUGCCGCUCGGGGCCGCCUCCGAGCCGAGGGCCGUGGGCACGCCAUGCCUCCCGGAGGGCCUCGGGGCGGACGAGCUGGAGUUCCGCACCGUGCGAGUGGGGGACUGCGAGACCUCGCGCAGCGCGGUGUGCGUCGUGGCGCCCCCGGUGCCCCCCGUCGUGGAAGGCCUGCGGCUGAAGCUCCUCCCGCCGCACUCCGCGCUCGUGCUGUGCGUCCGCUUCCGGGGCGCUGAGGCGGUCGGCCAGGGCUCCCUGCCCCAGGAGUACCAGCUGCGCGUGGAGGAGGAGGGCGGGGACUCCGUCCUGCUGCCGCCAGUUCGGCUGCCGCUGGAGAGGACGCCAGAGGCAUGCCAGGCGCUGCGGGGGACCGCAGGGUUCCUCGGGGAGGCGGCGGGCCCCCUGGAGCGCGGCGUGCUGGGCGCCGAGUUCUCCACGGUGCGCGGCGGCGGAGAGGAUGUGCAGCAGCUGGGGCCGCUCGAGUUCGAGCAUGUGCUCGCGCUCGGCGCGCUGGUGUACGGCCGAGGGUACAGGGUGGCCGUGCGGUGGCUGUCGUCGUGGCGGGUCUCGCAGUGGUCGGAGGCCAUGGCGGCGCCGAUCCGGAUCUCUGCGCCGCGGCCGCCGGAGGACGGCGGGCUGCUCCUCAGGCCCGCUGGCCUGGUCGAGCUGCCAGCGGACGUGGCCGGGGCGGAGUUCCUCCCGCCGAUCGCCGCGGAGCUCGAGGAGGCCUCGCACGUGGAGGCCACUCCGUGGGAGGUGGCGGGGGUCGUGCUCUGCGAGGUGGACGACGCGACAGGGCUCGGCGUGCACCCGCAGGACCUGGGAGAGGGCGCCGCCGGCGCUCGGGUGUUCUUCACCGCCCAGGACCUGGGGCUCUCCAGGCGCUAUCAGUUUCGGCUGCGGGCGCGGCUCCUCUUCAACCCGGCCUCGGGGCACCCGGAGGAGUGGUCCGAGUUCGUCGAGAGCGCCUGGCACAGGACCCCCGUGUCCCUCCCCGAGCCGCGCCCUCCGUCCGAGGCCGCGGUGCCCGAGCCCACCCCGGGCCAGCUGCUGGAGGACUGCACGGCCUACAUCUCGUUCGCGGAGCUCCCCGUCCGCGAGGAGGACCGCGACGGGCUGCCAGACGUCCCCGCGCCGUACACCCUGCAGUUCCGCGGCGCGUGCCAGAGCUCCGAGGCGGACUGGCAACCGGUCGGAGUCGCGCGGAUGCAGGAUGACUGCUUCCUGCUGUCCGACGCGAGGUUCGAGGACCACCUCACAGACGGGAUCGUGCUGCGCCUCUGGCGGCUGAGGCCGGGCGCCCUGAACGAGGACGCCGACGCGCGGCAGCUCCCGGAGCUGGCCUCGGUGCCGUCGCGGCCCCUGGGCGUGCGCUGCCCCCGCUUCGCUCCCGCCGGGCCGCCCACGGUAAGACCCGUCUUCGGGGCCCCGUCGUCUGGCGGGGACCUGCCGCUGUUGCUGCGGUUCGACUGGGAGGUGGACGCCAACGUCCCGAGGUUGCUGCAGAUCGACCUGCACCAGAUCCGCUACCGGAUGCUUCCGCCGCGGGGCUCUGCGGAGGACGCGCCGCCGUGGAGCGAGCUGGCGCCGAUCCGGCAGGCCACCGCCCGCGGGGCCGCCGCCGUCGUCCACCGGGUGCCCGUGUGCGGGCCGCACUUCCUGCUCGGUGCGGACUACGAGGUCGCGCUGCGCGUCGGCACGAGCCUGCGGUGGGGCCGCUGGUCCCCGCCGGUGCCCCUGAGUCUGCAGAUCACUCCGCCGACGCCGCCCGAGUGCGCAGAGGUCUCUGCCAGGAUGGAGACGCUCGAGGACGGCACGGUCUUCUUCCGGCUGAGUUGGCCGGCCUUCCGGCCGCACGACCUGGGUUCGGUGAUCACGUACCGCAUCCGCAUGAUGCGGCGCACGAGGUAUCCGUACGUCUACCGCCUCUCGGAGGAGAUGGUGGACCGGUCGAGGGCCAGCCUCGCUGCCCAGGAGAAGCGCCACACGAUCGGGCACCUGCGCCGCCGCGUGCCGCGCGAGAGCGACGGAGCCGGCGGGGACGCGGUCGAGGCUGGGAAGGCAUCGGGGGAGUACUCCUGCGACCAGGAGGCAUGGGAGGACGACGAGCUUGAGUUCCUGCACGACGUCGCCGCGGACCCCUUCUGCACCUACAGGUUCUGGGUGGAUGCGAAGCACGAUCGCUGUGGCGAGCUUCGCCGCAACGACGAGGCCGAGGACUGGUCGGCGGCCCUGGAGAGCGAGCUGCUGGAGACGCCGCCGCUUCCGCGCAACUGGUUCGUCCCGGCACAGGUGCCCCUGGAGGUGGUGCCCGGGGGCUCCGGCGGCCUGCGCGCGCCCUUCCCGCUGGCGCUGCCGGAGGCGGCCUGCGCGCGCCUCGGGCUGGCGCAGCCCUCGAGCCGGCUGCUGCUGCUGUUCUCGCCCUGGCGCGAGGACCGCGAGGCCGCUAAGUGGCCGCACCGCAUAGAGUACACCGCAUACGAGCCGCGGGCGAACGCGGCCAGGCACCCGAGCGCAGGGGCAGACGAGGACGUCGAUGUCCACUGGCACCAGCCAGAGACGGUCGAGUACCUCGAUGAGGACGGCACACCCGCUGGCACGAAGGGCAGCGGAGGCGCCACGCUCGCACUCGUCCAGGGCUUCGCGGACAGCGUCUGGAAGCAGGUGGAGCGUUGCUCGUCGCUGGGGCACAUGGUGCGCGUGCGGGUGGUGCGAGAGGGCGGCCCAGAGGGCAUGCAGCUCUUCUCGUCGCCCUCGGUACCCAUGCGGCUCUACAUGCCGGCGCCUUCGGCGGCACCCACCGUGGCCGCGUGGUUCGCCGCAGAGCAGCCGCUCGCGGUCCUGUGGUGGCCGUGCUGCCAGGCGACGGCCGGCGAGGAGGACAAGAACGUGGACAUGUCCGAGCACGUCCACCAGAUCCGCAUGCGGCGACCCCUCUGGCAGGGCGGCGAGGCCUGGCGGGAGGACGCCGUGCGGCGCACCGCGGCACCCGUGCGGCUGCCCGCCGGCAGCGCGGCCGAGCUAUUCGCCUUCGACCACUGCGCCCUGCUGGACGCCACCGGCGAGCACGAGGGCCUGCCGCCGCACCCGCUGCCGCGGCUGCCCACGGGCAAGCCCCCGGACCCGGGCGUGCUCACCUACGAGUUCUCCGUCCGCAUCGGCGACGGGUACCGCUGGAGCGCCUGGUCCGAGCCCUCCGAGCUCUGCUGCUUCGCCUCGGAGCCGCGGGUCUCGGGCGGCGCCGCCCUCGACCUGCGGGAGCUCGCGGCGCUGCUCGCGCCCGCCGAGGGCACGGUGUGCCCGGCCGCGGCCCCGGACCCGGAGGCCGAGCUGGAGGACAGCCUGGUCUACCAGGAGGGUACCAGAGAGCUCGAGCCCCCGCAGUGGGUCUCCAUCGGGCCUGCUCCGCGGCCCCCGGAGGCGUUCGAGAAGGCACUGGGGAAGCUGGACGCAGAGGCCAAUGCGCAGCUGAGUCAGUUCGUGGCCUGCUGGCCGAGCUUGCCGGCUGCGUGCUGCUGGCGGUUGGACCCCGACAAGGAGCCGGCCCUCAAGGAGAUCUUGGCCACUGGCCAGUUGCCGCCUUUGGCACUGCCAGCCUUACGCUAUCGGCUGAACGUCUGGCUGAACGGGAGCGCCCCCGACGCCGCGCCAAUGACUGAGUUGCCCACGGGCGUGCACAUGCAGAAUCAACGAAUGUCAAUCAUCAGGCAGAUCAGCGGCCAGAGGAGCUCGCGCUUGUCUGUGCUCAGCCAGACUGGCCACGAGGACAUCGAGCCAGUGCUCUACCGCCAGUACGACGUGCCAGACAACCCCGCCAACGGCCCGGACGACAAGCUGGAGAGAAUCUCGUGGGACAUCCCUGGGAUGCUCCCCGACCGCCGCUUCCACUGCACGGUCGAGGCGCGCUUCGAGACGUUGAGCGCCAUCUGGUGGUGGACGCCCCUGCUGUGCUCGGGCGAGUGGGCCGUGGGCAGGGUGCCGCCGCCGAGCGCGCCAGAGACGCUGCCGAUCUGCGACCUGCCCACGCCGCAGGCCGCCAAGCUCAGCCAGCAGCUGGCCAUCGGCGCCACCAACCUCGUGGUGGUGAGGUGGCCCUGGACAGUCCGAGGCAGCCCCAUGGCGGCGCUGCGCAGCGCGAACUACUCCCUGGAGUUCGCGGUCACCGACGACCGGCCCUCGCUGGUGGACGCCACGGCGCAGAGCCGGCCCGUGGAUGGCGAGACGACCCUCGGCAGGCCCCUCGGCCCCUGGCGCGAGGCGAGGGCGAUGCAGCUCUACUUCAUCAACUUCGAGCUGGGCGAGGUGCUGCAGGAGCUGCCCGAGGAGGAGCUGGGCAACCCCCGGUGGGUCCCGAGCCUCAUCGUGAGCGGGUUCCUGGCCAGGAGCAGGGAGGACGCCGGGCGCAGGGACAGCACGGCGGCGGGGGACCAGCCGCCGUUCGUGCGCCUGCGGUGGCGCUACAGGGCGCUCCCCGAGGAGCUGUCCGUCAUCCCCACGCCGCUGCACUUCAGCGCGGCCUCGGCCCCCGUGCGCACGAGGGUCGCCCCGCCCACCGGCGCCCCCGAGUUCCGGCUGGAGCGCGUCCCGCGCCACCGCAACGUCGCCGCGUGGCUCAAGUGGUCCGCCUGGGAGGGCGUGGUCCGGCACCAGUUCGCCUUCCGGAUACUGAAGAAGCGCGGCAGGCCCAAGAGGCGGGCCGGGUCCAAGGACUCGAACGGCUCGCGGGCCUCGAGGGCGGCCCGGGGCGAGUCCAAGGAGCAGGCCGAGGCCGACGCCAAGUCCGAGGGCGGCGACUCCGACGGCGAGGGCCCGCCUGCGGCACAGGACCCCGCCUUCGAGCGCAUCACCGGCUGGAUCGAGAUGCCGCCCGUGCGGGACCAGAUCAUCCGGACGGUGCAGGAGAGGGACGACGACAACGACGAGAAGGAUCUGUCGGGGUUCCCUGGCGAAGAGCUGGAGGCGUUCGGGGGCGGGCCGGGCGGGCUCGGUGGCCGGCUGACGGAGGAGGAGCUGAUCGCCGAGUACACCCGCCGGCCGUGCGGGCGCCUGGAAACAUCCCUGGACUCCGGGCUGCCUCACAGCGACUGGUACCAGCUGCUGUUCGGGCACUUCUCUUACCGGGAGGACAGGUUCUACGACGGGCGGGACGCGGAGAGCGACGGCUCGAUGGACGGGUCGCGGCCGAUGUCCAGGGCGUCCUCGGCCUCCCGGGCGCGCUCCGUGGGCUCCGCCUCGCAGGCCUCGGCGCGGUCCAGCGUCCGGAGCGGCGCCGCGGGCUCCGAGUCGUCGAAGAAGAAGAAGACGAGGCAGCGUAUGACCUUCGGCAAGGUGGUCGAGUGGCGCGUGCGCGUCUCGGACGGCAUGCACUGGUCGCUCUGGUCGCCGCCCUCGGAGCCGCGGGGCGCGGUGGCGCCGCUGCCCGAGUUCACCACGGAGACCAGGAUCAGGUUCUCCCGCCACGAGCCCACGAUCGUGCAGGUGGCAUGGGGCAAGUGCAAGCUGCCCCCGCAGUACGAGGACAUCGAGUCCACCAUCGAGUACGUUCUCUCCGUCACGACCGAGCCGGCGGUCUUCGGCACCAAGGCGCAGUCGGUGCUGAUGGUCGGCAGUAAAGAUUUCACAGAGGAGAAGCUGCACUCGCGCGGCCUUCACAUGAGCGAGGGCGGCUGCGGCAUCGUGACGCGCUACAAGGCCGAGGACGUCAUCCAGGACCAGCCAGACUUCAGCUUCGACCAGUUCUUCACCGAGGGCGCGGAGGUGCGCAUCGUGGGGAAGUAUUCCCAGAACGCCGCCUCGUGGAUCAACUGGGAGAUCGCCGAAAACGAGGAGAAGCCGGAUCCGGUCAUCGGCUUCUCGGUGAUCAUCUCUGGACUGCGCCCAGAGAGCAUCCACCGCGUGGCCGUGCGGGCCCGCUGCGCCGUGUCCGGCCUGGACGAGCCAGACUGGCAGAGGGGCAAGGUGGACAACACCCACCCUGUGCGAUGGAGCGACCCGAACCUCAGCUCGCCAGUGCUGACGCCGCUGGGGCCACCCCCGCUGAUGGUGCCGCAGGCAGUGCCUGUGCCGAGCGGCAAGUUCGGGCGCUUCCUCCACACGCCCCACCUGCUGCUGAAGUGCCCGAUCUUCAAGCGGAAGUUCCGCGACGAGUUCGACAAGGACCACCCGAUUCGAAUAGACGUGAAGGCGGCCGACAGGGUGGACGACGAGUUCAGAGAGGUGCCCCUUGAGAAUUCCGUGUAUACCAUCUUGCCUGAGUAUGGGUUCUGCCGGUUUGUCUACAACCUGCCUUUCUUGCACGUCUCUAUCCGAACGAGGAACGUCCACAUGAACAACACCUCUGCCCCGUGCCCGCCUGUGUUCACAGUGCCACCGCUGGUGCUGGAGGACCAGCGUGGCCCAGACGUCGAGCUCGUCGUCGCGGAGGACGGCAACCUGUUCCUGAAGAUCACCUGGACCACCAGGUGCCUUCCUCUGCAGGACGUGGGGAUGGUGCAGCUUGGCCUGCGGCGGCACAUCGUGGACUCGCCGAUCGUGGACCUGCAGGCCACCGACGCGGACGGCGAUGCCGUCCUGGAGGAGAUCUCCCCGGCGGCUCUCUCGGCCGCCGGCGAGCGCCGCUGUCCCUUCGCGUGCCGCCGGUGCUGGCGGCCGCUGGCCUUCGAGCCCCCGGACGUCGCCACGCUCGGGCCGCUGGGCCGCGGCCGCCUGCGGGAGGCGAGGGGCCACCUGCAGGAGAGCUGCAUCACCUUCGACGAGAUCCCCGCCUACCGCAGCGACGAAGCCCUCCAAGGCUUGAGGGCGCCGCACCACGUGGAGAUGCAGGCGAGAGACCAGGAGCGGCACGAGACCGAGCCUCCGGCGAUGGGCUGGCCGCCCCCGCACAAGAAGGGGCGCCUGGAGCAGGUGUGCCACUGCCGGGACCGCGUCGUCCAGAAGUUCCUGCCCGUCGACGGCGACCGGCUCUGCCACGGCAACACCUACCGCCUGCGGCUGCGGGUGCGGGACGCGCUGCUGUGGUCGCCCUGGACCGAGUUCUCCCCGCCGGUGCACGUCCUCUUGGCGGCCCCGAGGCCCGCCCUGCCCCUGCAGGACCCCCGGCAGCCCGUGCCGCCGCCGAUCGUGGAGGUGCUCCUGCUGCAGCAGGAUGGCCGGCAGCUGGCCGACCUCGCCUUCUCGGAGGUGCGGCUGCGGUUGCGGUGGCCGAAGUUCCGGGGCCACAUGAAGGAGCUGGAGUACCGCGUCCUCAUGUGGACCCUGUCCCCGGAGCAGCAGCGCCGUGCCGCGGCCGGCCGGCAGCCCGGCCGCACCCCGGACCGCAGCCUCCCGCCGAUCGUGGGCACCGAGGUGUUCGCCUUCAACCUGAGCGGCAACCUGCGCACCUCGGCCAUGCAGGUCGACGAGUCAGGGAACGCGCGCUUCGCGGUGGAGGCGGAGCCUGGGACCGCAGGCCCAGCACUGGUGAAGCCGAGGGCCGCCGGCGGCAGCCGUCCGGUCGUGCCAGGUGACGCGGCAGUUCAGCAGAGCGACGACCUUCCGCAGGUGAUCGCGCACGUGAAGCCAAAUUCCUCUGGCCCCGCGCGCGCGACCCACGCGAAGCUCACGCCGAAGGUCGUGGUCGCUGAAGGAGGGCUGCAGGAGGGGCAGAGCAAGGCGAUGACGCUGGAGGUCAGCGUCAUUCCCCUCCAGCGGGGCCACGGGUAUGCCUUCGGGGUCGAGGCGAAGCACAGCCAGGGCGCGGCCGGCAACCUCGGAGAGUGGAGCGCGCCGCUCUUCAGCAAACUCUGCACCUUUGAGGCGGCCCCUCAUGGCGCGUCGGAGGCGCCGCCGGUGCUGCCGCCGUCCCCGCCUCUGUACGGUGGCGCUGGGAAAUACGUCCUGCGACAGCAGGGCAAGUGCGUGUACGCCGACAGGCUGGAGGGGCCCGACGGCGACCUGUCGGCGAGCCACCUCCCUGAGCGCCGCCCGGCGGGAGACGACCUCCGGGAGAGCUGAGCGCCUGCGCCUGCGCUCUGGCGGGGGCACGGAGGGGCGCCGGGCCUCGGAUGGCAGCAGACUGCACAGGCAUCGGGAUCUCGGAGGUGCGCGCGGCUGUCUCGGGUCUGCGCGUUGGCUCCCCCGGCGGCGCCUCGCGCGCCACCCCUAUGGAGCGCUGCAGGCGCCAGGGUGGGGGGGCCCAUCGGCGGCCCAAGGCAUCCGCGCCGGGCUCCGAGAGGUCGCGUGCGUGCCGCUCGUCUGCUGCGCCGUGGCCCGCGCCCCUGCCCGCGUCCAUGCCCCGCAGAGUUGGCUCCGCCUCCCCAUGCCUCCCAAGUUCGAGCCUGCCGGCCCCCUCCGCCGCUGCCUGCCGAGCCCCCCCCGCCGAGCGGCCGAGGCGAGGCGAGGCGAGGCAGCGAAGAGGCCGCGGCGCUUUGCGAGCCCCCCGCGGCGAAGCCGCGGGGGGCUGCGCCGCGCGCGGCUGCCGGGAGGCGGCGCCUCGGGGUUCUGGCGCCCCUUAUCUCGCCAGCACGUAAGAGUGACCUUUCGCCGGAGUGACCUUUGGUGCGGGCUCAUCGGGCUCCCC